GCGAUGCCUGUCAAGCACCAGCUGACGAGCUCUGGCUCCCAGACGCCCACUGGGCAGCGAUGGACGCCGCGUGUGUCCCAGGCAGGUGCUGGCUCAGAAACGCCACUUACCAGCUGUCACUGCCAUUAACGGGAACCUGCACCCUCGCGCUAGAGGCUCAGGCCUCUGGUCUCCCCCAACUGCUGGAGUAAGAGAGGGGCCGGGCCCCAGUUCUGCCCACACCUGUGUCCCGACACCUUCGCCCCUUCCCUGCUUGUGUGCCCGACUGCCCGGUUCAAACCCUUGCCCCAGCACUCCAGCUGUGGGAAUGCAGGUCAGUGAUGCGACCUUCCCGAGCUGCGCUUUCUCCCUGGGAAAUGGGCUGUCCUGGUCCCUGCCUCCCGGGGUGCGCUCGUGGGGUGACCUAAGAUGACCUGUCGGGCACUUGUCACGGUGCGGGGCACGUGCUAAGAGCUCCGCAGAUGUCCUGCCUCCACUUCAGUCCGGCUUCUCUUCCAGAGAACAUGGCACGUGGGUGCAAACCCAGGAUGACGGCAGGGGAGGCUGAGGCUCCCAGGGCACCUCCCCUCCGUCCCCCCUGGUCCCAGGGCCAUAAAGAGGUCCGCACUUUGCACAUGCCUCUGUCAUUGUGGGCAGCCCAUGCUCUGUCCGCCUGAGGGCAGAAGCCCGUGGCCCGGAAAACAGGGGGUGGGGAGGGGAUGCCAACCCUGCCACCACCACCCCCUCCAGCUGGCAGGCGGGCGGGGAAGCUAAGCUCUCUGGCUAGUUCCACUUCCUGGUGUCCAGGGACUUGUGGGUUUGGUUUCGAUGGAAGAUUCAGAGAGGAAGUGCUUCUGUACAAAAUAAAAGAAGUCCAAGAAUCUGCCUGUAUCCUCAACCCUGCCCCCCCGAAGAAUGGGAUUCAGAAUGAUGACAAUGAUGGUGGUGUGGCCAUAAAGGCAACAAAAACCCGCUGAGGGCUCACACUGCACACGCUCAGGCGCUGUCUCCAGACCUUGGCUACAGGCCCACAUGGAUCCACUGCUAACAGAGCAGAGGCGCCUCUGGAAGGAAGAGUUCUGGCAGAACCCCUGGGACCAGGGGGGCCUGGCCGUCAUCAGCAUAUUCAUCAUCACCGUCCUGCUUCUCAUGCUGUUCGCCAUCGUGUUUGGGGCACUCCCUCCGUCUGAGAAGGUCGACCAGUCUGAAGAGUCAUGACCUGACUUUCGGGGGGCCACGGGGGGGCCACCUGUUCUACACUCUCCAAACACUGUGGGCCUUUCCCUCGAAGCCCCUUUAACAGUCUGGAUUAUACAUUUUAUGUGAUUCUCGGAUAAGCGUCUGUCUUUCUCACUGAGCCGAGCCCCACAAAAGCAGGCCCCUCUGUGCUCACCACUGUGUCCCGCACGGCUCCCCAGAGCCCAGUUCAAUCUAGGCCUAAACACAGGGAGGCCUGGAGGCUGGAGGUCGCUUCAAACCUAAUUACCAUUCCUCCUGACACUAGGAGGUGAAGAGCGGGGCCUUGAAUAACCACACGCUCCCCAUGGCCGCAGCUCAGAGGAAGCAGAGGAUCGAGGAGGGUUUUAGACUGAAGGGCUAACAAGUGCAAGGUGUCCCCAGCUUGUCCAGAGUCCCCCCGAUGUUCCGCCCACAAUGCUCACAGCUGCUGUGCUCGGAACCUGCCCGCCGCCGCCUGCCUGUCACUGCAGCUCCCAGGCUCCUCCCGGCCCCGCGGGCAGCAGAUGCAGAUGAAAUCGAUAAGUGAGUUCCAAGUGGGCAGGCUGGCCCGAUGCGAGAAAAGCUGGUUUCUCUCCAAGCCCGUCACGCACACCCGCCGGGAGAUAAGCCCGCCGCCCAUGCCCGUUCGGGUCCAGGCUAAGGGGGCUCCUCCAGUGAAGCCAGAGGCCCUGCUCAGGGCAUGUGAUGACCACAACGCCAACGGCUCAGGCCUGAGUUGCUCAUGGGGCCACCCAUUCCAGACGGGGAUGAAGCAGGGUGGAUGGACGACUACCCAAAAUAUUCACGCUGUCAGUUUCUGGGGCCUUCCACGAAAGAAAGGGGCCCAACUCCCAGGCUGCCUGGCCGGACACACCCACGCAGGCAGGGUCCCCUGGUGGCCCGAGAGUGGCCCCGCGUUAGCUGGUUAACGAGUGGGUGCGGGGCGAGGACAAGAUCUCAGUCACGUUUUGUUCAGAAACACGCGCAUAAGUCACUCACCCCA